ACUCAACCCUCGGCUAGGUAUGAUUGGCCUGGCACUUUCCCAACCAUCGCGAGCUUUUGAACACCUUUGUCUUCAACCGCCCUUUAAAAGCCAACUCCAGCAGCAUUCCUUUGUCGGGUCUAGCUAGGUCUCGUUUACUGCAUCUCAGGGAAAGUCCUGAUAUAAUCUCCAAAGGCCGUCGUUCCCUCUCUUUUCUGAUUGUUGGGUCGUCUGCUGUCUUUGCCUUGGAACACUCGACCCUCAGCGACAUACAUCUGCGCCAGUAGUUAUGGCUAUCCAUCCAACUCUCCAUGCUGAAGGGUCCCUGACGCCGCAGCAGGCGCGGGAAAUCUCUGUCUGGUCCCAGCAAGCUGCCCAAUCCAUCCAUGCCGACGGAGCCGGUGGGACUCCCACCGCUAGAGUGCCCGGAACUUCAGUCUCGCUAGCAAUCCCUCUCGACGACGAGCACCAUCCACCCACUAGCUUGCCGUUGCGCGUAAGGACGGCUACCAAUGGUGGUGAUACCAGCGGCGAUGUUGUCUCUUCUGUGACCUAUCGUCGCAGGGAACCACUCCGCCGCGAUAGCCUUAAAAGACGGGAUGCGCUCCUCAAAGGCAAGGAGGGAAGCCGCCGGAGACAACGCUGGGAGAAUGACCGCCUUCUUAAUAAUCCCUGGGUCCAACUGCCCUCUGCGAUCGACUGGCAGGUUCAGCCCACCUACGAGCGGCGUACGGUCCCAUAUUACCUAGCUCCGCUCUGGGAUUCCCACUUCGCGGCUUGGGAGCAGGCUAAAAAUAGCAACGGGUCCCGCAAGACCAAGAAUAAGGAUGGUGGCUCGGAUCUCCAAUCCCAGAUCCCCAAGGAGCUGCGGUUGAGAUUGAAACAUGCCCGUGCCGCCCGUGGGUUGCUGCGGGAUCUCGAGGAGGAGAUUCGUCGGUUCGUUGAGAGGUAUUACGAGAAGCAGAUUUUGUCGGCGCAGAAUGAGGAGGGGGUAGAGCUGGAGGGUGCGCACUCGCUCCUUUCUGACGAGGACAAGUGGGAGAAACUGCAAGACAAGACGGAGACGGAAAAGAAGUGCGAUUCCGACGAUGACGAAAUUGUCUUCGUCGGUAGAAGGGGCCAGGUGCGCAAUGCGUCCACAAAUCAACCUGAAGAUCAGGGUCGUCCGAGGAAGAUGAAUCAUUCCGAUAUGGGCCACCUAAAUAAGGAGAAAGAUGGGGAGAAGAUGGUGUUUGAAAGCUUAGAGGAGGAUCGCGCUGCUGGAUUUGGCCGCUGGCUGGUCCACUCCAUCGCCUCCUACUACGGGCUCCGCACCUGGUCCGUUACCGUCGGAAAUCCUGCCCGUCGUGAGACGUACGUUGGCAUCAAUCACCCACCGCCAGCUAAGCAACAGCAGCAGCAUCAUCAUCGCCGGCAUUCCCGAUCGUCAACGUUGCCUAGCAAUGGCGACACGUCCAUGACUCCGGCCAGGCGACAUGUUGCAACCGCAGCAAGGGUCAAGCGAGAGGGCAUACUCCCUCAGCCGCUGUGGGUGGCUGUUGGUGUCUCUUGACUCCCUUGAUUCGGAGUUGAGAGAUGAGAUAUGCUUGUAAAUUUCGGGAGUUGGUGAUUGUUGUGUGCUAUGCCUCUUUAUCCUAGAAGAGUUUCAUUUCCAUUGCUAUUCUAUUUUUAUAUUUCCCACAGCUUUUGCGGCUUUUUUUUCGGUCGAGGGGAUGAGGAGUAGAGUAUCCCCUCGUCUGGCCGCGAGGACACAAUUAGCGUAUUUUUUAGCGUGUACAUUAGCGUAUUGAAUACACUAAAACUACUGGAUAAUAUGGACAUCAGCUGUAUUGGAGUGUUUUUGUGUAAUUUAUGUAAUCUAUUUAAUCUAGCUCUACUGCGUAAUUAAUAUCAUUAAAUAGAGUGUAUGAAUUCCCAGCUGAAGAUGAUGAUAG